AUGGUCGAUAGUGGUGUCCCCCAGGGUUCAGUACUGGGACCCAUUUUGUUCCUAAUCUACGUGGACGAUGCCGCAAGAGAUUUAGACUGUGAAGUAGCAAUGUUUGCGGAUGACAUGAAGAUAUGGAGUGUAAUUCCGGGUCCUGCCGAUGAAGACAGACUGCAGAUGAACCUGAAUCGGUUGGAGGAGUGGUCAAACCGUUGGAUCCUGCGGUUCAACGUUGCCAAAUGUAGCAUACUUCGCCUAGGCAACACAGCUAUAUCCGCCAGCACAAGAGGCUACUUUCUGGGCGGUGCAGCCCUACAAGAGGUCGAAGCCCAAAGGGACCUCGGUGUGCUGACAGCGAGUUCCCUAAAACCAUCCGCCCACUGUUCGAGGGUGGCAAAAACCGCAAUGUCCGUACUGUACGCCAUCAAGCGUGCGUUUAUGGAUUUUGACGAAGAAGCUUUCUCUAAGACAUUCGGAACAUUCGUCCGGCCGCAUUUAGAGUACGGCAUACAAGCUUGGAGGCCGUGGGCUGUUGUGGAUCAAAACUGCCUCGAAAGAGUCCAGAGGAGAGCCACGAAGAUGGUUAGGAGUCAAAGCUCCUUUCCUUAUGCAACCCGCCUAGUAAAUCUGAACCUCUUUCCUUUGAGUUACAGGCAACUUCGCGGAGAUCUCUUGCAAGCCUUCCGCAUUGUAAAGGGGUUGGACUGCAGUCUGGCCUUCGAAGACUUUUUUGAAUUUGCUACCACGACCAACCUCCUAGGUCACCCGUUAAAACUGCGCACUCAGCAGGCACGGCUGGAUGUGCGGAAGUUCUCCUACGCGGUUCGGGUGGUCAAACCAUGGAAUGAGCUUCCCGCAGAUGUUGUGAUGUCACCAUCUAUACAAAUUUUUAAGAAGAAUCUGGACAUAUUUAUGUUCCGAAAUGACCAAGAGCGAUGAGAAGUCGAGCUCACCCCUGUAACUCCUUCUCAUUUUGUCCCACCAUUAUGGGCGUGUUCGAACUAUUUCAGCCCAGAACAUCUAUCUGUACACCACACAUUUUUUACGUUGCAAAUAGGGUACUCAAAGGCUUACGCCUAUUUCCCUCAAUAAACUGAACUGAACUGAACUGAAAAAGACAUUAGCAACGGCAUUUGCAUGGUGUAAGGAAUUCUGAUGAGGAAUAUGGACUAACCGUAUGUCAUAGAACUACUUCAUCAAGAGAGUCAAUUAAAAAUUAGUAGAUUUAUGCAUUAGCAUCGGGUUCCUAAUAAAAGAACUUGUUGAGUUUUUUUAUUGUUUAUGUCCGUUGAGGUUCUUUAAGUUAGGUCCAUAUAAAAUACUUCAUUGGGGUUGCGGCUGCCGCGGCAUAAGAAGUGGUUUUGUCUGGUGGUUCGUCACAUGACUUAGUUUUCGGACAUCCUUUACGUCAUUGUACGCGGUGUACGUAGUUCUGAGAAAGCCAUGUUCGCCCUUAAGAGCAGACAAUUACUAUCGAGUCAAUUUCUGCCUGGAAAACGUAUUUUUAAUUCAAGUACUCGAUGCCCUUGAUAGCAUUUAGUCGCCCGGGGCUAGUUUGCUGGCCCGUUUGACUUGCGGGCUAGUAACCUGACUGACUGACAGUGCUCGAUCUCUGCGAGGAAGAGAGUUUUUCUGCUACACUCCCUCCUCCAUGCUCACCCGGGUGCAUUUCGCACGUCACGCCUAGGGGUCCCUUUGUGCGUACGAAUGCAUGCAGGGUACAUGCACGCACUUUGUCCGGAAUCUGGGCCUCUGUCUGGCGAAUUAAAUCGCCUCCGGCUACAACGCCCUCAAUUCGCUCGAGGAGGCGCGUUAACCUACUGUUCCCGUGUGGACAGUUUCCGCUAGGAUUGCUGAAAAAAUCCAGUCAAUCGCAAAACUAAUCCGCGACCGGGCCAACCCUGGGCGAGUAGAAUGCUAUCAGGGGCUCUGGUGUGGUGCAUCAUGGUGUGGGUUCAUGCAAAACCGCGGUUAACGAGUGCAGGUCGAUAAUUUGUCAUAGCACAUGCGACAUAUGUAGCGCCUGCAUUUUCCAAACCGAGUUAGCUAAUUAUCGAAUGACGUUAAAUUGAUGUAAAGUUCGAUAACUAAAUUCGCGUGUAACUUGUUAUAUUUGAUUGUUUAUUGGUUAGGCAUCCGAUUGUCGUUAUCUCACCAUCCUAAUGCAGAAAUACUUUGACACAUAUCAGUGCAAACGUUUGCCUUCUUUUCUUUAAAGGACAUGCCGGUCGCGUUCUCUCCCAACAAGGGUCGUUUAUGCCGUUGCGUCUAGGUAAUAAAACGCUCUUAGUACAAACCGCGCUAAACCUCAACCGGCCUUCAGUUGACGUUGGUGGGUGUCGUGCGAGCAGAAAUGCGUCAAGCUCAAGAGAAAAAACGUGCAAAUCGUUUCCUAAUAUUUAAAAUCAAAGUGUCGUCGACGCUAAACGGACAAGGUCCCUCGAAAAGCCUAAUUCGGGCACACUUUGCACACGAAAUUUAAAUUCCUUCUAUUUUUUUUCACGGAUUAUCAAUGACGUUGCCCUUUCAGCCCCAGGCGAGAAAGUGUGGGCACAAAACGGGUUUUGUUUUUUGUGCAAAUAUAAGAUUUUAAAAAUCCGGUGACAUAAGAAGUGUUUUGUUGUGCACACUCACCUCACCGACCUAUAUAAUUACUCCCAAAGGAUCGAAGCUGAAACGAUGCGCGAUGCCCACGCGUGAUUGAGUGCUAACAGGGAAGUUAUAAAGGUCGCACUUAUUUAAUGGUCUGCCAAAACGCUGGGGCAUGCGUUGCGGGCUUCUGGUUCGUAGUUGGGAGUUUAAUAAACUUUGUUUCGAAUAUCUGUUGUCUCUCACGCUUACUAAUUCCAUAUUCUUGAUCAUCGGAUGUUGUGUGGCCACGUCCUGACCAGUAAUGACUGGUCUGGCUCGCUAUCUUGCGAUUUGUGUAAUCUAACCCUAGUUUGCUGUCUGUCCAACCGUGCCCCGACCGCAAUAUACUUUAAUGGUCUGCGUAUGCCGUCUGUAUGUGUCGUUAUGAUACAUUUGUCUCGUAAUAUACUAUCAAGAUUUCAGCCUAGCCGUAUUGCGAAUUUGCAAUUCUGAUUUAUUUUCCAUACUUCCGAUCGCAUCCUUGGUGGUCUUGGUGGUCUUCUCCUUUUUUCUUGAUCCUAGUAUACCAGCGUUAUUGCUUAUUUUACGGGUUUGUAAUUAUAAAAAGCUUGGUGCAGUUAGAUUACUCAGGUCUGUAUUAAAAUGUUGGUCGCUUUUAUUAGGCUAGUCAGUACCGGAAAUGCCGCUGUUACCAAACCCUAACUUUCCACCAAUGUUUGCGUUUGGUAAUUUACCCCUGUUUGUCACUUCUUAAUGCACUAACAUUCGUUUUUUUGUUUCCCCUAUUGACAAUUUACCAUGUAAAUUUUUCACACUCCGUUCCGUUUGUUUUUGAAGCUCGGGAAUUAUGCACGAAGCCUUUUACCCUAUUCGAUUGAUCAAGAAUAACCACUAUGAAUUUGAAAGCAUUUCCUGCUACCAAAAUUACCUUCUUCUCGGCGCCAAAUCCGGCUUGUUGCUAAUCUAUGAAGUUGUACCCGCGAGCAACUCUCAAACGAAAGCCUUUGUGCCACCGGACAAGCCUGACAGGAUGAAAAGGCAGGUUGAACCCCUGGUGCUGCUAGCCAAUGAUGGUGACAUUGCCGGAGAUCCCGGACAAGACAAGGCGGCUGCGAAUUUUGAACUUCCCUCUUUCAAUGUCCGUGUGUGCGCAACUCAUCACUUGAGCAAGAAACGAGUCAUACAGCUUCGUGCAGUGCCCGAAUACGGACUGUUUCUCGCCCUGACAGACCUGCAUCUAGCUGCUUAUAGACUCUCGGACCGUCAGCUCGUUGCCGUUGUUCCCAACAGCAGAGGCGCCUCGCAUUUUGCAGUUCUAUUUAAAGCAGGCCCUGACUCUCGAUCUUUGCUGACCAGCCCGCGAAGUGCUCGCGGUAAGGUUUCGGUCAUCAAACCGUAUACUUUCGUCCUCACCUGGUUCUUCUCCACUAGUAUUUUUUAGAUUUGUCGUAUUUGAUAUAUUGUUUCUUUAAGCAGAGAAAACCUAGUUCCAUUUACUAGAGUUUUGGUCCUGAAGCUGAAAGCCUGAACCCCAUGGGUCCAAGAAUACUAAUGUGCGCUUAAUUUUAUUUCACAUACACAGCAUGAGCCUUACGUAACUCUCUUCAGGUGGCACCUGUAUUGGUGUCUACUUUUCUUAAAACGUUUUCAGUUGAUCGCAGUUGUCACAGCUUUUGUCAAACAAUUGUCCCCAUCGUUAUAGAUUGAGAGACUGAGAUAUAAUCGCCACGGUCUAAGAUGCCACUCAUACAGUGUUCUGCGGACUAAACGAAAGCUGGCAGAGGGGGUAUCAGGGUCCCAUUUAGAGAGCCACAAUUUAGGUUAGUCAUUAAACUCUGCCAGUGCCGUUUUUCUCGACAGCGCCGUUCGGAGGUGAGUCAACUACCGUCUUUGGAUGGCAGGACCACCUACAUGUUUCUUCUCGAGCAAAUUUCAUUCUUCGCCUUGACAGGAGCUGUGUGUUUCGUUCUCGGUGACUCUUAGAUACUGAUGGUCGUUCAAACCAAAUUUGUAUUUUUUCAAUCCUCGUUACCCAAAAUAUGCGGCAGUCCAGAAGCGCCAUUUACACAGCAACUAUUUGCACGAGAACUAUGGUGUCGAUACUGACCUUAUAACGAGUUCUCAGUCUUGACCAUUAAGGGGCCAAUGGCUCGACGCGUUGUAUUUAUCCAGAUAGUAGGUUUCUUCUUACCGUAUCUGUUCUACAAAAGUGCUCAAAAUGUACUUGAAGUGGCUUAACCUCCCUUCUUGAAUCCCCUUGUCCGUACAAGGGCAGCUUAUCUUUACUACUACUGCAAAUUGAAAAAAUGUUCAUCCUCACACCUCACACCUCUUUCGGUCAAAGAAGUAAGCAACUCCGUUCCUUGUGAUGACUGUUCAGGAGUACAGCAUCCCUGAUGUAAUCGAAGUUAGUGAGCAGAUGCCCGAGGACAGCUCGGCACUUUCAAAAUCACGAAGUAUUGUAUUUACCUUUAAGUCCAUGGCCUAUCUGGAAUGUGUCCGCAGUCAUCUACUUCCAGCCUCGUCAUACAUGCGGAGGGGGACACUUUUUGCGACCAAAGACAGUCGAGCAUUGGCAUUGUUUUCCCGACGCUCGGUUUCAGGCCGAAUUCGGGAGAGGCGUUUACUGUUCAACUAGGGGCAGACUAAGUCUCCUUGGAUGAAUUUCCAAUCAGGACGAUGCUGGUAUAAUCAGGGUCUGAGGCCAGGUCUUGUCCUACUUCGAUGCCCUCGCAAUGGACAUCACUGAUUAUAUUAGAUGAAGAGGAUGGAUGCCGAUGACACAGCCCUGUAAACCCUCAGUGUUGACGGAGAAGAACUCGCUGUUUUCAUCGUAUGCUUGAAAUUUUAUUCGGGUGUUCAUGGUCUGCCCUCACCAAGUUCGUGAAUUUUCGUGCCUACCGUCGGUGCCUACGGUUCUUCAGAGAAUCCUUUUAUUUCUUCCACAAACGUUGCGGCGACAUCAAGGGGGCCGAUAAUUGUCCUCUGUCGUGAGCAACCUACUUGCAUUAAGAUUCGCCAUCGGCGAAUAUUGAGUGAACACAACCUCUUCCAGUGCAAAAAUUGCUCUGAAUUUCCCUUCUUCGUGCUUGCAGUAAGGCACAAAAAGGGCCUGGAAAGAUGCUCGAGAAGAUUUCUGCGACCAUGUAGAUUGUGUUGACGCCUGAACAUAGACCCAGAUAAACCGUUAGUAGGCAGCGACUAGCGCCGCCAUUACUUCGUACCAUUAACCAGGGCGAGCAAUUUUUGGCAAAGUGGAGCAAGUGGACAGCGGCAGGCUGUUGGCAAGAUGAAUGGACGAUCGGGGUCUUGCACGCCGAACGCAUUUUGAAUUUCGCAAAGCAGAAUGCUAGCAUUAUGAUAUAGCCUCGAUGCAUCGCUAUUACAAAAGCCCUUUGGCGGUCAUCGCCGUGGACUUAAAGAAGACGACCUCAAACCAACCGGACUGUUGUUGAAAGCCCGACUUUACACGUCUUCUCAGACUCUACUUCUAAACAUAUCCCAUUCUCUUUGCGCUUUGAUUUAACCCGCUUUUUCGUUUUGCCAAGAACUUCACGAAUUUAUUGACCAUACUGACAAUUGGAAUGCUACACCGAAUCCCUAGGUUACAGUGGAUCGGGGAGUAAGCAGUCCGGGCAUACAGAGGAGGUGAGACUGUCAGAGGGGAAACAGUGCCCCAGCCUAUAUCUCUGUGCCUGCUCUAAAAGAAAGCUCAGUUUUUACGGAUGGUCCCCCGAACAGCGCAAGUUUCUUCCUCCCAGUGCAAUGAGUGACGCUGCCAUUGCAAAGUGGCCGGAUGACUACACCCUUUCCGAACCUGCUGUCUGCAUUCAGUUUUGUGGCCUUGAUAUGCUGAUGGUCGGCCUGCGCUCGGAAUAUUUAUGUAUAAGACUCAGCACUCGCGAGGUAAUUUCUACCGGUUUCAAUAAUAUUUAGGUCAUUAUGCCCCUGUUGAAGGACAUUGGUACUUUUCUCGUUCAGCCUCAUACAUCUGAUCAGUGACCCAAACGCUUUGGCAUUCCGUCUUUGGUUUUCGGCCAAACUCGGCAUCACCCUAGUGAUACUCAAUACUGUUUUUUUGUGAAGAAUUAAGCCUUAAAGCUCUAACGUCGUCUGUCCUUUCUCUACAGCUAUAAACUAGGGAACGAUGGCCUUCUACCUACUUUGACUCAUAUAGCCUCUUCUCAUGUGACCGUUGUACUGCCAUCGAUCGUACCCUGCAUCAUUUCCUGCCAUUAAAUCCUUUCAAAACUGACCCGGAAGUUUUUAGUGCAUAUUUAAAUAUCCUUAAAUGGGACACCGUUGCGUAAAUAUUGGAAGUGUCCGCAAACACCGUUUUCUCUCGAGCUCUGUACGCAUUCUGUGAAUAUUGUAGGCACAUACUAUAGCUACGCCGAACAAACUCGCGGGAACACUAAUGAGCCCACUCCCCUACUGUCUGGACCAAGUUACCUUUCAAAAAUGCAGGACCACUACCAACUCAAGUGGCAUGCGCGGACUCUCACCUCCGACCCAUCUCGACCACACCGAUGACAGAUCCGAUAAUGAGAAUUCGACGAGCACGACUGAUCCUGCCUUAGAAUCAUCGUCGUGGAUGACUGGCUCCGCAGCACCAUUUGCCCUUGCUUCCGACGACCAACUUUUUACCCUGCUACCAAACGCCGGGUCCGUUGACGAAAAGCCGGCUUUUCGGUGGUCAGGUAUCCCCCAGUGCUUCCAAGUCUGUCCACCCUAUCUCCUUGCCGUAAGUUUGCCUCACCGUAGUUAGAUUUUCAGGAGCCGCGUUCCUGUUUAGGUGAAUUAUUUCUACUUUUUUGCGUUGCCCGACCUCAUUUAGGCUUGUCUAGUCCUGCUCGUAUUUGCGGCUGCUAUUACCAGCACUGACUGAUCCCACCCAAGAGCUAGCAGCAUUGCCAGUUGGUAUAUCCUAUGCGCUGUGUUUGUUGCUUUUGACCCUCAGCAUUGUUCCUCAGUUGCGACUAGGUUACCGUGUUUUAUGUCGUAGCCCGGCUGAUUGCUAGUCAACAGCAGUGUUUAUAUUACCUCGGUUCAUUGACAUCCCGAUCUCGAAAUAAUGCAAAGAGGAAAAAAUAACUGUCACAUAGUGGUAGUAUGUAACAAUUCGCUUGUUGUAGGACGAAAAUGGGCCUUUCCGUUUCUCCUGGAGACAAAGAGCCCACAAUUUACACAGGCAAUCACCGGUGGAGGACUUGGAAUCAAUAGUUUAAAAAUCUUAACGACAAUGGGGGAGAUAGUGGGACGAACGUUUCUGCCAUCUCUACCUUCAUAUCACAGCCCCUGGCUGCACGCUCGAGUUUUGAAUCCGAUCUUGGCCGAAUCAACGUGAGUUCGUAGUGCCUUAAUGUGAGCUCUACCCGAUCAUCAACCGGCUCGGAUUCAGACCCCAGUCUUGCCGUCUGAGAUCGGCGUGUCACUAGCUAAUGGCGUCUAAAAGCCGGAAGCGGUCAUUACAGCGCAUCCGUCUGUGUUGGUAACACUUUUCAAGCAAAACAGUGUUGGCAGACAUUGAACGUCGUUUCGUAAUAUAGUAUAGACCGACUUUGACAAUGAAAAGUAGGUCUUACUUCCCUUUCGAACAACAACUAUCAGUCCUGAGUUCUCUAGCCCAGAUAAGAUGUUUAUUGCCUUUCCUGGCCUAUUCAUCAGUAACUACCAGUUGCAUGAAAUGUUGAUAGGAACUUUAGACAGUCAUCUGCAUCCUUUGAUAUUUAUUUGGUAGAAAAUAGUUGCUAACCCAUCUUUCGCCCAAACACUCCUUUUGCUCUUCAUUCCCAUCUGACCUUACAAAACGGUUAGUUCCUGGGAGUAGACGACAAUACUGCAUUAGCAGAUACUGUUGGAGAAAGGAUUAGCAGUGAGAUUUCAAAUUGGCGACAUUUCAGGACAGCCUAGCUGGCUGACAGCUUGUCAUUCGUCGCAAGCACUAUGUAGUCCGCGGUCGUAUUUCCUUCAACGUAGUCACAGUUAAAUUAGGUGCUUGGUGCACGCUCUUGUGACCUUUUAAUCCAAGAUUUACUUCAACCUCACUUUUCCCCUGCUGUAGGGUCUAACAAAAGUCCUUGAGAUCUGGAGUUUGGAUCCCUACGAGCUAACUCAGACGCUGCAAAUACCCAGCGUUCGAGCUAUGUGUUACAACAACGGCUGGCUUUAUGCUACUGCGGCAGCUUCUACAGCCUCCUCGCCCUCCGUGUCUGGUGUUGCAUCACCCAGUGGCAGUCCGAUAACUACCUCCGGCGGAAGUGAUGUCUGGCUCCUCUUGGCAGCUAACCGCCCCAAUCUUAUUCGAUACCUAGUACAGCAGAAGGUAAUUAAAGGUAUUUUGCGCGCUUAAACAUCUUAGGCACCUCUAGGUACCGUUACUGCGCUUUCCGACUGUUUCUAUGCCAGGGGGCAAUCUUGCAGUUAGCCCAUCAAAGUCGUUAACCGCCAUCUUGGUGAAUAGGUAUACUUUGGGCGCGACCUUGAUUAUAACGGAGACAAGUUAUGUAGUGUUGUUCUUUCCGCGGCAAGGUCGAGUUUAGCAGCUCUGAUGUGACAGUUAGCUCAGCAGCUGAUUGAUUUAAUCGUCAUUCUCCGAAUAGCUGUCGGUUUAUCACAACGUAUGAUAUGCCGUUUCAUGGUUUUUAGAUCUCCUGUUCUUAGUAUCAUCCAUCCAGCCCACCCAGUCGGAUUUUAUAUCCGGGUCUGCCAUUCUCUCCGACCGAGAGAUGGCUUUUUCCUCAGCACCCUGGCAUCCCAAAUCCCACGAGCAAAUCCUGUUACAGUUUUCCAGGUUGAAGUGAGGUUAUAAGUAACUAAGUGGUACCCAGAGGUCGAGAAGUAUGUCCAGCGAGGUCACAUGUUUUUUGUGGUGAUUUAAAAGGUCUUACUCAUCCUGUCCGAUUGAUUUGUUUCAUUUGAUUCAGCCUCCGAUGGCUUCAAGUUCGAGAUUGCCUUAAUUUAUGGCCAAGGCGUCUUUGUGUGUCUGAUUCUUUCUGGAGGUUUAGAAUGAAAAUAAAACUUAGUUUGCCUGUAUCGACUAAAAAACUGCUUGGUGCUGAGUGUUUGGACGUGCUGGAUGAGUGUUGGCCACCAGUGAGGUUAAUAUCCCAUGUAAAUACUGCUAUCUGUCCUCGUAACGUCCUUUUUAUUUACCGUUCGGUACGUGUCCCGGGAGUCAUUCGCAUUUUUAUCGUCCAAGUUUAUUCCUCAGAGGGCUGUAUCAACUGUUGAAUAAGUCUUAAUUUGGUCUACUCCAGCCAAAAGCCGUGGUUAACGAAAUGGGAACGGCAUAGAAUGUUCUCAACCGCAAGGAACCCCUGAUAAUAGAUUCGCCUGAGUGUGCAACGUCAAAAAUAAAGUUCCACCACAUGACAUUUCAGUUCUCGGCACUACUAACGACGUGAUGACUUCAAUGAUGUCCGUGAUUAACCUUCCAUGUUACGCUCAUUUGUGCAGAAGUACGACUGAUAGAGAUUCUAGGUAAGCUUCCCUCGCCAAAUCAGUUUAAUCGCAGGCACAUUUCUGGCUCAGUGGAUAGACCUGGGAAGACAUUAUCACAGAAGUCAUUUGUUUAUUAUCGUGACCGAUGACAGCAGGCGAGCAAGGACAAGGAUGACUGAAAUAGCCAUUUCCGGCUUAUUAGUCGUCGUCAGCCUGUCAUACGAAACCCCGAAGUGUGGAACACCUGGGACUCGAACUCGCGACCUGCUAGCUAGAAGUCCAACGCCUCUAACCACUGAGUCAGGGCUCGUUGUCCUGUCGGUUUCGAUCAGGAAUAUACAAUGGUAGAGGGGCUCUCACCGAUCGUUUUUACGGAACUCACUCGUUCCGUUGUGUCUUACGGGCCAGAAAUGGCCAUUCCAGUCUCCCUUGUCUUUGUCGGUAAUAAAAUUCUGCCUAUAUCUUGCGCCGCUGUGCGGCUGCUGGUUGGGCUCGAGAGAGAGCUCGUAAAGCACAACGGAACGAGUGACUUCCGUAAGAACGAUCGGUGAGCGCCCCUCUACCAUUGUAUAUUCCAGAUCAAAACCGACAGGACAACGAGCCCGUGGUGGCUCAGUGGUUAUAGGCGUUAGACUUCUAAAUAACAGGUCGCGAGUUCGAGCUUCAGAUGUUCCUCACUUGGGGUCGGGUAUGACUGGCUGAUGACGGCUAAUAGGCCCGAAAUGGCCAUUCCGGUCUCCCUUGUCUUUGUCGGUACCAUGUCUUUUAACUUCUACCGCUACUCGCUGUGCGACUGCCUGCGAGGGUUCUCGUAUGAGCCCCAAGGCACAACGGAACAAGCACGUUCCGUAACCUGAUCGGUGAGCGCCUAUCUGUCACGAACGCCAAGCGAUUAUCGAUUUUUUAAGUGCGCUUGAGAUGUUAACUGUGUUGGCACACUUGCUCUCCGUCUGUCUGAUGACGACCCGUUGAACCGUCGUCGAAAAUUUGCACAAUAAACUUCUUUUUCCAACGACACAUAUUCGACUUCGACGGCACCCCGACGAUGACGGUUCCCCGGCUCGUCGUCAGACAGGCGGAGAGCAAGUGUGCCAACACUGUUAACAUCUCAAGUGCACUUAAAAAAUCGAUAAUCACUUGGCGUUCGUGGCAGAUAGGCACUCACCGAUCAGGUUAUGCUCAACUUGGUGUCAUUGUCGUCGUGAGACUAUCGACCAGUUGAUCCCAGAUUAUUGUUUCUCACCCGAACCGUAAAGUAUCCUACUACAUUUUGAACCUCCGAUAUUGUCGUUUGUGUGCUGUUAUUCCUCCCCGUUUCGGAACUUUUGUCGAAUGUAACCGUCAGACCUUUCACGUCAUAGUUGUUGAGUGCAUGGGUUGCCCUCUUAUCUAUUGCACAUUGAGACGAUGCGCUACUUCACUUGACUAAAGUUAACAACCUGCUUAGUGGUGAGGCAUUUUUUAUGACGAUUAGAGCGGAUGUCCUCUUGUUGUAUGCACUCAGCGCAUGGGUCUAAGAAGUAUGGGGACUACUAUUGAGGACCUGCGUUCCUUCUCAGUGCGUUUACGUGCGAAUUAUUCAGUGAAUUCCUACGAUUACCGUUUGCUAGCAUGAUGCAGUAGUAAACAGCUUUUUAUAUCUCCUCCUCUAGGAGUUUGAAAUAGCCCUGAAGUUGGCCACCUUCACGCAUUUAUCCGCCCAACCUGCACUCCAGACCGAGGAAUUAGCCGCCCUCUAUGCAUUUCACCUUUUCGACCGGGAUCGCCAGUUUGAAAAGGCUCUCAACCUCUUCUGCCAACUAAACACCGACCCCUUUCAAGUCCUCGGUCUCUGUCCCGGCAUGCUUCCUGAGGACUUUUCGGGAGAAUUAAAGUAUCCUUCCACGCCUGUUGUAAGUUCUGUCAUCUCCUCCGACUUCCGAAAUACGUCCUUCAAAAAGGCCCCGUACGUGUAUGUAGUGUACACAUUUUUCACUUGUGUCCUUGCACAUUGGUGUCUCUUACUAACGCACAUAAAAAUCUAGAUGCGGUUGUAUCUAAAAAUCCAAUUCUACAUCUUUCGCUGUUAUUACCGGCAACUCUUGCGACUCCUUUUAUCAAAGAAUUGAUGUCAUUUGGCACGCGACCGACAGUUGGUGGCGAUUCGAAACUUGCCCCGAAUCUGCAUCUUAUUUCCAACAGUGUAGGCCGAGUUAUCAAGAGCAUUGAUUAAGGAUGACAAAGUAUUAUGUGCUGUAAUAAUUGGUAUUUUGAAGAUCUUGGCGGCUGGGCCGGGACGAGUGCGAGUACACCAUAAAAAGUAGCUAAGACGCUCUUCUGAUCCUUCCACAGCGUCUUUGUCAGAUUGAUAGGGACUGGUUUCACCUAGCUCGACACAUCUUGUAUCAAUGGUGACUGCCUCAGUAGCUUAAAUUUGUCUGGAUAACACAAGCGCACUUUUGACAUGUGACCUGUAGGCAUGCCUCCGGCCGUAGGGUCAUAUUUGCAGCCAUCUACAUUCCCCUUAUACACACUCAUCUGUCCCGCUUUGCAUCCUUUUCAUGCAAGUGACCUUUUUGUAUGUAGCCUCUGACCGAAGACGAGAAGAAAAUGCUGCUUGAACCCCUGAUAACUUACCUUGUUCGGUGGAGGAAUAGGCUGCGUGCAUCUACAAGUAGCACCGGCUCACCCAGCACUCAUCCAACGGCCCAGCACGCCAGCAGCAAAGUCCUUCUACAUCAGUUCUUCUGCUCUCCAAUUGUUCCGCGAACGCAGAUGAACGAGUCGCUGCACGGACUCCCACGUCUCAGCCUCCUUCAGUUGGUCGACACAUGUCUCCUCAAAUGCUAUCUUGUGACCAAUAUCGCUCGUGUUGGUCCACUUCUGCGUCAGGAGAACUACUGCCACCUCGAGGAGGCCGAACGCGUCCUCACUCUCAAUCAUCGUUACACGGUAUUCAUUUUUACUGACACGCUCACAUCUACUCAAUUGGAAUUAAGUAAACCGUUUAUUUCCAUCUGUGAAGUCUCAUGCGUCUGAGGCAUUUCCUCACAGUGAUUGUAUUUUUCCGAGGAAGCCAUUGAAAAUCGAUGUACUCACAUGACCAGGAGCAGGUUUCGAAAGUCGAAUCCUAACAAUCCACUCGCUCCCAAGACACAGUUGACUGCUUGGGCUGGAGUAGAAAAUUGUUGGCCGUCAAAGUUUCGGAUAGGUCAGAUGCAAAGGUGGGGGUACGUCUGACGACCAUCCCAUAUGCUUUCCCUCCAGGCAUCACCCUCUUAAAAUUGGGUUGGAGUCGAUUUAUUCUGGCCAAAACGGGCUUUCGGUUUAUGGAAUCCUCAGUACUACCGAUUUUUCUGAAGGAAUACAUAGACCAGCAGUUUUAACUCACUUCUGCCUAGCGGCCUAAAUACAUAUGUUAACCAGUGUUUCACUUCUGUUACGCAAAGUUACGAUCCCUCUGCAUCUUAAGGAAUCUUGUUGUUGACGUCGUAACUCAUUCCUUCGCAAAGUUUUUUUACAUUUUGUGCCACAAGUGCGGCGCAGGAAAACCACAUCGCGCCUUAUAGACCGCAUUUAACUAUGCACGUCUAUCGGAAAUCUAAGGUAGCGCGUGGCUCUAGAUGCAUCCGUGUGGUGGGAAACUCGACAAAUUAUAAAAGGAGAACAUUGGAAGCAAUUAAAGGAAAUAUUGCGUGUCGACUACAUUCACAUAUCUCACCUGAUUGCAGGACGGAAUAUGGACCAGUUACCUUGUCUUGCAGUUCAAGUCUGCGCACGCAGAUGGUGGAAUAGUUACGUACAGUCGAGAACUGAGAACCAAUGCAUCCAAAGACGAGGAAGACUGAACUGUCCAUAUAUGGAAGCUACCUCCAAUCCCCGACCGGGAAGGCGUGCGAUUUGAACCCCAGCUUAGGUGGUUCUUUAGCCAGAUGCUAUACCAACUAAGCCACAAACGUACAAUCGGGAGUAUUCAGAGACAGAGUUAUGUGGUAAUUGCUGAUCCGACGUGACCACAAAGUGAAAUGCGGGUGUCGUUGAUGGCACCAAGCAAACCGAAAUGGAUUCAUCAGCCUCCCUUAUGUGUGUCUCCCUAUGCUUGUUGAUUACGUAUGAUACGUUGGAUAACGAAAAAAGUAAUGCCAGUCAAGGCACGUUUCCUCGGAACCUCCUGUUUUUUUCUAAUCCAAAUUUUGACGUGCAAAAGCCCCUGGCGGUUAUUUACUAUGCUAGCUAACUUCUUUGGGCGACCCCUCCUAGGACCUUGUCACAAUGUAUCGGGCGCGUGGCUUCCACCAACAAGCGCUACGGGUCCUCACGAAGGUUACUCUGGGGACCGUCGAGGCUGAGAAAGUGGCGACAUCUGAUGAUGCACACACACCAGACUUAGUUGUUGCCUAUCUCAAGGAUCUGGACCCCACCAACUUCGAACUAGUUGCACAAUUUGGUGACUGGAUCAUGAAUACGCAUCCAAAAUCCUGGAUGAGCAUAUUUGUUGCGUGGGAACGGGAACUUCGGAGAAAAGUGCUCUCAGCUGCUCCGGGUAGGCCUCUUUUCUAAAACUCCCUACUUUUUAUGUGAUUUAGUAAAUUGUGUGGUCUAACCAAACGUGUCUGCAUGCGCCAAAGUGCUGCGGCUUUGCAGUUACUUCAGGCAUCUGCGAGUGACCGCCAAAAAUAUCCAAGGGAACGCUGGAAUAGCUAAUGUGUAGUCCAUCAGUUUGCAAAAUUACAUUGUGAAUUGCUUACUGCGAAGAGGGUUGGUGCUAGCAUGCCAGAAUUUCUUGACCGACAUUGACACCACCUGGCUCAAGUCUCAGACAACCGUGCUUCGGAUAUCGUUUUAUUUUUUGUGUGCUUUUACGCCAACCUUUACGAUUCAAAUGCUUUUGAUGAUUCGUCAGUCUUCAGGCCUCACGCGUCUUCUGACCACCGCCGCAUAUCGGACAUCUGGUUAGAAUAGAGUGAUUGCCGUGAACGUGCACUUUUGGAUUGGACUUAUGCGUGCGCAUGCCUAGAAGUAGUUUCAUUUUGCGCAGUUAGAAUAUAGUCAAGUUCUCGCGUGUCCUAAGAACCGAGGUAUUUCCCUUUGCCUCCUGAUUCUUAUGUCCGAUUUACAGGUAGACUUUCGAACUCUUAAACCAUAAAGAUUUCUAUUCAAUGGGUUAUGCUUGUAUUCCCGGCUGAUCGCGUCACCCACUUGCUACGAGUUCUAGCCCCCGAAUGGGGUUCAUAUCCUGGCCUUCACUUCUGCAUCUUAUUGUUUAGACAGCAAAUCUUUCGCCGGAUUUGCCUACCGAGACCAAGUCAUUCGCCACCUUGACAAACAUGCUCCGCAUCUGAUAAUCCCCUUCCUGGAGCGCAUUAUCUUCAUGCCGCACGACUGGGACGAUGAAAUGGAGGAGAACGGGGAGACUGAAGGGAGCGAGGAAGAGGCAUUGAGGGUCUCAAACCUUAACAGCAGCGGAACCUCGCCUAAAACUCCGCAGUCCACCGCUCUUUCUGAUGACAUAGUAAAUCCAGCCAACGGGUCCUCCCUCCCAGUAAGUUCCUGGGUUUCUCAUUCCAUUCCUCUCCUUCCGUUGUCCAUAUUUAUACCCGCUGUUAUGAAAUCUCGGAUGCUGGAGGCUGGCAUAAAGUCAGACCCAUUCGUUUCUCCGCUACUCCCGUUUUUAAAAUGCACUGACAUUACCAGCGAAACACAGCUUGUCUCCCUGAUACAUGGGGAGAAAACUUUUUUCAGGAACUGUAACUCGUGUGCACUCCAUAAAUCACUUAUCACUGGGCACAAAGAGCUAGUUUAAGGGGACUUUCAAAGUUCCGUACCUCUUCAUUGGCUGUUGGCCAUUCCUCUGGUAUCUUAGCGUUUGCCAGCUCAAGUUAGAUGUCAGGUGACUCUAUUUGCAACCUUUUUUCAUUUAAUAUUCUCCCAUUUAACCCGUCCUUUGUCACUAAUGUUUGCAGAAGCUUGCGUUAUUUCUUACAGACAAUCUCUGUUACCUUCAGACCUCCAACGGGAACUCGCAAAAUGUUUGCGAUUCCAACCUGUUUACUUGUUUGUGGCCACUCCCUCGUCCAAGGCGGCCAGUGA